AUGGUUGUGAUAAAAUCUCCUAAUGGUGACAGAUAUGAAGGAGAUUGGGAAGAUGACAUGAAAAAUGGAGAAGGAACUUUAUAUUAUGCAGAUGGAGGUAAAUAUGAAGGUGAAUGGGCUAAUGAUUUACGAAAUGGUUAUGGAGUAAAUUCAUGGGGUAAUGGGGAUCGAUAUGAAGGAAACUGGAAAGAUAAUAAGAAACAUGGUGAAGGAACGUUAUUUUAUGCUAAUGGAGGUAAAUACGUCGGCGAAUGGGAAGAUGAUAUGAGAAAUGGUCAAGGAAAAAAUAUAUGGGUGAAUGGCAAUCGAUAUGAAGGAUCUUGGACAAAUAAUCAACAACAUGGUCAAGGAACAUUUACUUAUCCAGAUGGAGGAAAAUACAUAGGCGAAUGGGCAAACAACAUGAGAGACGGAUAUGGAGUAAACAAUUGGUCCAAUGGUGAUCGAUAUGAAGGAUUAUGGAAGUAUAAUAGAAGAAAUGGAAAUGGAACAUUUUAUCAUGCUGAUGGAACGGAAGAGAUUGGUUUUUGGACAAAUGAUAAACUAAAGGGGCAGUCGAGUGAUGCAAAAGACACUAAAAGUGAAAAAGUUCUUUCAAAGAAUGGUAUACAAAUUAGAGGUCUUUGGGUAAAUGGUCAACCUUUUUUAGUUGUAUUAAUGCCUAAAUCAUCUGAUUGUCCUUAUCUAACACUUGCACGUGAAUUUGUUGUUUCAUUAAAAUGGGAAAAAUCAUUUUUUGAUCGUGAUCAUGAUAAUUGCUAUUGUAGUCAUUGUUAUAAGCAAUCAUGGAAUGAUGUUAUCGAAGCUGGUGAAGGUAAAUAUGUUAUUCCUCGUGGAUGGGUACGUUUAGGUCUUCAUAUUGAUCCCGUUCUUAUGAAAACUCAAGAUAUUUGGAAUAAAUGGAUAGUAACAUUUCAUGGAACAACAAAAAUUGCUGCACAAUCAAUUCUUACACAUCGUCAAUUUUGUCUUCCGGGCGAUGUAUUAAUUGAUGGUACUAAAUUAGGUAUUCGUCCUGGACAUAUUCUUGAUAAAAAAUUCAUUUAUACAUCGCCAACUAUAGCUUAUUCAAGUUGUUUAGCAUAUAGUCCGAUCUAUGAUUUUCAUUCAACAGAAAAUGAUACCGAUUAUCAAACUCAAAUCGUUCUUCAAUGUCGACAAAAGCCUACUACUUUUCAAAUCGGACCAGAAACAAUAGGAGCUGGCAAACAACAAAUAUGUCCACAUAUUCCAAACUCCAAGAUUGAAUUUUUUACUGAGAGAAGAGCUACACUUCAUGCUUAUGGAUUACUCGUAAGAUUUCGACCAAAACAUUAA